AUGCUCCUGUAUCUCCCCCCAUUCGGCCCAGCCAUCGGCAAGAAUACCUCCUUUGGUACUGGUGUCCUGGCGAAGGACGAAUAUCCGCUCCCUGCCGAACCGAGUAGUCUUUCGGGCUACGACUACCUACACACCACGAAUAUCGUGAUCUAUCACAUGGGCACCAAGUCACCAGUCCCCAGUCCCCAGUCCCCAGUCACCAGUCCUCUCUCUAACCCCUCCCUAGUCCCCCUCACCGACGCGACGAGACUGCAUUAUACUAUCAUCGUUGUAGAUGCGAUACUCUACGGUACGGGGCGGGGCGGUAAUGCUGAGCAUAGCAAUCAGUCCACACUUGAUUCAUCUCCGUCCUGCUCCCCCUACCUCGGUCUGGCGAAUCUUCUGUGCGCAUCCUGUCCUGUCGUCGUCGUUGUCGUUGUCGUGUUCAUCGUCGUAUUUGACGGCCGCACUGGAUCUGUGGAUCUGCAGCUCCAUCGGGUCCCGGUCCUGGUCCUGGUCCUGGUCCUGGCCCUGGCCCUGGCCCUAGUCCGGGAUCCCGGUAUUUGGAAGAGGAAAUACUACUACACGCUGCUGCUGCUGCUGCUGCUGCCAUGGACGACUCGCAAGAUGUUGCCCAUUGAGGAAACCGAAUACUGCUCGAAUUGCUGCUGGCCGCCGGGCUGGCGUGCACCUACCACCCCCCCCCACCCCCGAAAGUGCAUUUUCUCGCUCGGCCUCACUGGCCGUGACCACAUCGUUCGAGCCGUCGACAGUCAACAGUCAACCAACAGUCAACAGCAACAGUCAACAGUCAACAGUCACUCAACCGUCAACGUCAACGGUCCCAGAGUCGAUUUGGGCCCGAUCGUAGUGGUUCACGUCACGAGUGCGCGAUCAGACCAGCCGCAGGCGCGUGCGGGCGGCUGCGGGUGCUGGCGGCCCUCGCCCAGUGAGCGCCGACGGUGGAAAACGGAGGGCGUACGGGCCACCAGCAGCAGCACAGAUCGGAUCUUGAGCGUUGGACCCAUCGCACCGGAUUCUUCACAGGUCGCCGACGCUGACCGAGAAGGGGAAUGA